GUGCGCACGCUGAGCGGUCCCGCUCGUCGUGGGGAUGAAAUGUGAAUAUAAAGUGAAUCGAGCUUGAUCCUCCCGGCUGACACACGCGCAAUGUCGACUCAGCCUGCUCCUCCAAAAACCGCCCCUUCCCUAUGUUUUGGCCAAGUGGUUAUCGGGCCUCCCGGCUCGGGCAAGACUACCUACUGCCGGGCCAUGCACGAAUUCCUGGGACACCUCGGGCGCAAGGUGGUGGUGAUCAACCUAGACCCCGCCAAUGAGGGUCUGCCGUACCCCUGCGUGGUGGACGUGGCCGAGCUGGUCACCCUGGACGACGUUAUGGACGGACUGAAGCUGGGGCCCAAUGGGGGCCUUCUUUACUGCAUGGAGUACCUGGAAGCUAACCUGGACUGGCUGAAGGCCAAGCUAGCACCGCAUCGAGACUGCUACUUCCUGUUCGACUGUCCCGGCCAGGUGGAGCUGUACACCCACCAGAGCUCUGUCAAGAACGUUUUCGCCCGGCUGGCCCAGUGGAACUUCAGGCUGACGGCCGUGCACCUGGUAGACUCCCACUACUGCGCCGACCCGGCCAAGUUCAUCUCUGUGCUCUGCACCUCCCUGUCCACCAUGCUGCACGUGGAGCUGCCCCACGUCAACGUUCUCUCCAAGAUGGAUCUGAUCGAGCAGUACGGCAAGCUGGCCUUUAACUUGGACUUCUACACGGAGGUCUUAGACUUGUCUUACCUGCUGGACCACCUGGCGGCCGACCCUUUCUUCAAGAAGUUCCUUCGCCUGAAUGAGAAGCUGGCUGAGGUUAUCCAGGACUACAGCCUGGUCUCCUUUGUGCCUCUGAAUGUGCAGGAUAAAGAGAGCAUGAUACAUAUGAUGAGGACCGUGGACAAGGCCAAUGGCUACUGCUUUGGUGACCUGGAGGAGAGGAACAUGCAGGCCAUGAUGUCUGCCGCGGUGGGGGCGGACUUCCACUUCGACUCCACUUUGGGAGUCCAGGAAAAGUAUGUGGAUCCAGGCAACAAAACUGUGGAGGAGGAGAUGAGUGAUCUGUAAGUACAAACAGAGGGACAGGCAGACAGACAGAUGGAAGGGGUCCCGUACUGCCUGAGUGCUCGUACUGUCCCUCCCUGGUGCUCAUGUUGACGAACUGGGAACUUGGAUACACCAAAGAUCACCAAGCAAGCCAUGGAUUAAAGACUUACAAAUGACCAGGAUGAACUUUGGCUCCCCCUAGAGGGCACCGUGAGUAAUGUACUGACAGAGGAAUGGGCUCCAGAAAUGUGGAGUGAAAUGCUCUGUGACUCUCAAUAUUUUUUAUUAUGCUGCAUCUACGACAGAAAUACUUGUAUAGUUCUUUAGCUAUACAUUCCUGGGAUGAAGACACAGAAAUAAAACUGAAAUGGGUUUGGCAUUUUGCAAGUCUGUAAUGAGACGUGUGAUAAAAUCAUAAUUAACCUCACCUCGGUGCGCAGGUAAGUGCAAAGAAUGCUGGCACUUCCAAUGUUUGGCACAAGGUGGCGCCAGUGUGUGUGUGUGUAAACUGGAGCACACUAUGUGCCUCAGUAGUGUGGGGUAGUUUCUCAGUCUGCACUUUUUCAGGUCAUGGGGACACACUGUAUCCUGUUUAUUUUCUCCAAUUGCACCUCACUAAUUAUUUGAUUAAGCUUUGGACUAAUUGCUGACCCUCCUUCACCAUUUCAUUAAUUGAAAGCCUGGUUUAAUAAGUUUUUUUUUUAAUGGCCGGUUCUCAACUAAUAAAAGA